GCUCCUACACGGCUAGCGGGUCCUGGUGGACGCUGGCUCGGCGCCGCGGUGUUUGGUGGGACGCGGGCGGACAGCGAAGGGGUGGGGCUCGACGUCAGGAGUCAAGAUGGCAGCCGUGGUUGGAGUCUCCUUGAGGCGCUGGUUCCCGGCCACUACCCUUGGCGGAGCCUGCCUGCAGGCCUGCCGUGGGGCCCAAACAGCUGCAGCCGUAGCUCCCCGAAUCAAGAAAUUUGCCAUCUAUCGGUGGGAUCCAGAUAAGGCCGGAGAUAAGCCUCACAUGCAAACUUACGAAGUUGAUCUGAAUAAAUGUGGUCCUAUGGUAUUGGAUGCUUUGAUCAAGAUUAAGAAUGAAAUCGAUGCUACCUUGACCUUUCGAAGAUCAUGCAGAGAAGGUAUCUGUGGCUCUUGUGCGAUGAACAUCAAUGGAGGCAACACUCUAGCUUGCACUCGCAGGAUUGACACCAACCUCAAUAAAGUCUCAAAAAUCUACCCUCUUCCACAUAUGUAUGUGAUAAAAGAUCUUGUCCCUGAUUUGAGCAACUUCUACGCUCAGUACAAAUCCAUUGAGCCUUAUUUGAAGAAGAAGGAUGAAUCCCAGGAAGGCAAGCAGCAGUACCUGCAGUCCAUAGAAGAUCGUGAGAAACUGGAUGGGCUGUAUGAGUGCAUUCUCUGUGCCUGCUGCAGCACCAGCUGCCCUAGCUACUGGUGGAACGGAGACAAGUAUUUGGGACCUGCGGUUCUUAUGCAGGCCUAUCGCUGGAUGAUCGACUCUAGAGACGACUUCACAGAGGAACGCCUGGCCAAGCUGCAGGACCCCUUCUCUCUGUACCGCUGCCAUACCAUCAUGAACUGCACAAGGGCCUGUCCCAAGGGUCUGAAUCCAGGGAAAGCUAUUGCUGAAAUCAAGAAAAUGAUGGCAACCUAUAAGGAGAAGAAAGCUUCUGCUUAACUGUUUCCAUGCUGGUUUUUUUCCUCCAUGACUUGUAACCAGCUCAGAGCUGAAUAUAAUUUAUAUCUAAUUUGAGCCCCUUCAGGGCUUGAUUUUCCAUGAAUACAGCAUGUAUAAUCAAACACUUUAAGAAAUAAAUAAAUGUUAUUCUACUUUAUUA